AUGCUUGCGACCAGGCGAAACCCUCAACCCCACUCCGAUAGCUUUUCUUCGAGAUACGGAACCUCGAAGGCUCGGUCCAAGCGAUUUGCUCGCGACGCCUCGGCAGUGUCCAGGCGCCUUGAACGGCGCCAGGUGCCAGAUAGUCCGCCUGAUGGCAGCUCCCUCUCCUCGUCCGUGAUCACAAUCAGCGUCGGCCCCGACAAACGACUUUUCGCUGCCCACAGAGAAGUCCUCUGUGCCUCGCCAUUUUUCGCAACUGCAUGCUCUCGAGCUCAGAACCUUGAUCCUCUAAAUUGCCGUCGAAUAUCCCUUCCUGAAGAACAGCCCGAGAUCUUCUCAUGCAUCCUCGAGUAUCUAUACAGGGGUGACUACUACCCUCGACUCAUCCACAACGAGCGCCGCGAGACCUGGGAACUAGAACCCACUGCGACGAAACACGAGCAAAGCGACGGAGCUACCCUCUACUCUCAAUCUGCCGGCGCAGAGAUCCUGAAAGACACUGCCGUCUACUGCGCCGCAAACAAAUACGGCCUCGAGCAUCUAAAGCGCCUCUCGCUAGUAAAACAGGGCCUCCACACCGGUAUUCAAUGCAGCACUAUCCUUGCGAGCGCCCGCUACGCCUACGCCAACACGCCAGAUCACGAAUCCAAGCUCCGAGCCCACUAUCUCGCCCUGAUAAUUCGGAGCAGGUCAACGUUCAAGCGGAGCGGCACAAUGCAAAUGGAGAUGGAAAAGGGAGGGAAGCUGUUCUUUGAUCUCUUUGUCGCGAUGUGCAAUCAUAUGGAUGACCUCGCGGCGGAGAAUACCAUGCCUCCGCUUGCUGAGUAG